AUGAGUAAUAUUGUUAUAUUUGGUGGUGACUCUCACCCAGAUCUUGUGAAAAGGAUAUGUGAGAAUCUGGACAUUGAGCCCGCUAAGGUGACUCUGGGAAAGUUUUCCAACGGUGAGACCAGUGUUCAAUUGGGAUCAUCUGUGCGUGAGAAGGAUGUAUACGUCAUUCAGAGUGGCUGUGGUCAUGUUAACGAUACAUUUCUACAACUUCUGAUCCUAAUCAGUGCUUGUAAAUCGUCCUCUGCAUCUAGAGUUACUGCUGUGAUGCCUUACUUCUGUUACUCCAGACAACCGGAUAUUCCUUACACUGUCAAAGGUGCUCCAAUUAUAUCUAACCCAAAGGAGAGUAAUCCAACUGACUCUCGUCCAGGUACCCCUGGCUUCAAGCUAAUGACUCAAAAACCAGGUUCUGAGUCUCCUUUCAAAUCAUUGGACACCGCCAUACGAUCCACUAUUCAUAUGGAGAAUCCACAACCUAUGAGGAAACCAGCUCCACCAACUCCUCAAAUGUCUCAAUCACGUAUUCCAGUUAUUCCAGGUGGUAAAGCUCAACCACCAUCUGGCUCUUCCAAUGAUGCGGGUGAGAUGUUCAACGCUCAAAAUGCUGGUUAUAAACUUUGGGUGGUCCAAGCCGGUACCUUAAUCGCCAACCUGCUCACUGCUGCUGGUGCAGACCACGUUAUUACAAUGGAUUUACAUGACCCACAAUUUCCAGGCUUUUUUGACAUCCCAGUCGACAAUCUUUAUUGUAAACCAAUUGUGCAAGGUUAUAUCAAGCAUGAAAUACCCGACUACAAGGACGCCGUUAUUGUUUCCCCCGAUGCCGGUGGUGCUAAAAGAGCCACAGCUAUUGCUGAUGCUCUAGAGCUAUCAUUUGCCCUAAUCCACAAAGAAAGAAGAUCACAAUUAUUGAAGGGCCCACCGGAUGCUUCUUUGUCGUCUGGUGGUGGUGUACCAUUAUCACCAAAGCCAUUGGUUGCUAACCUGAACAACGCUUCAAUUGCUGGACCAAGUUCUACUGAAAUGAGACGUUCUUCAUCCAGUGCAUCUAUACAUUCUAAUGCUUCUCAGUCUUCCGCCUCUAAAUACAUUCAAACUACCAUGCUUGUUGGUGACGUUAGAGAUAAGGUAUGUAUUAUCAUUGAUGACUUGGUAGAUACAUCAUACACUAUUAAUCGUGCCGCUAAACUACUGAAAGAUCAAGGUGCGAAGAAAGUUUAUGCAAUUAUUACACAUGGUAUAUUUUCCGGUGACGCACUAACAAGAAUCCGCUCAAGUAAGAUUGACAAGCUUGUAAUUUCUAACUCUGUUCCACAAGAUAGAACAGUGAGCAUAUUAGGUAAAGACCGUGUUGAUGUUAUCGAUGUAUCCAAGGUAUUUGGUGAGGCCAUCAGAAGAAUCCAUAAUGGUGAAUCCAUCUCGAUGUUAUUCGAACACGGAUGGUAA